AAACCGAUUCAGUCCAGCAUUCCUCGAGGGGUCCACAGCACAGGCCUUCCGUCACACGAAAUUCGGCCUCUGCUCCUCCGAUCCAGGCCUCGCCGCCGGCGAUGGUCUGCUCGCCGGAGACGGGCGCAGUGUGCCCAGACUGCCUGGAGCGGCGCGUCCUCUCGGACCUCGCCGGCUCUGGCCUCUCCUUCGUCCACGGCCUCUCCGACUCCCCUCUCCCCUUCGCCUCCUCCGCCGUCGUUCAGAUGGCAUCUGACGGAGCCGAGGAAAGUAAUGGCAGGCAGCAUACCUCCGGUUUUGUGUUAGUGGGACUACAUGGUGGUAAAGCGUCUUUUGGUAGUAAACAAUGUGACAACAAGUCCUUGGAGAAUGGCAUUCAUAUAGAUCCUCCGGCAGAGCAAAGCAUAUAUAAUGAUGAUAACCGAUAUACUGAGCAAGCAGGUUCGUCUUCUGGCAAAGAAUGCACUGAAGAUGAUAAAAGUCCCUCUGGCUUCUGUAAGCAGCAAAUGGUCAUAGGCACAAUUACCAUGUUAAUUCCUGUUCAUUAUCUCAGCAUAGGCCACAAUUCAGAGGUUAGAGAGCUCAUCACAAGUUACCUGAACUUGUCAACUGAACAGAAUGUGAUUAAUUCGUUAAAUCUGUUGUCUGAAAACAAAAUUAGUGGAAGUGCUGGUUUAGAUUUCCUCAGUUUUGUUGGAUUUUCAGCAUUCGAUGACUUACAUACUUCUGGCUGUGUGAGGCAUCCCAACAUCUUACCAGUUUUAGGUGUUCUAGAAACAUCUGAUUCUUACUACUUGUUGCAUCCAAAGGCUCCAUACACUUUGGAAAAUAUCAUGCACUACAGUUCAGAGGCAUUCUGCUCAGAUUGGCAUAUUAGAUUUCUCAUGUACCAGAUAAUAUCUGCUUUGGCAUACCUUCAUGAUUUAGGAGUUCAUCAUGGCAAUCUAAGACCAUCAAACAUCUUGAUAUCAGAUUCCUUAUGGCCUUACCUGAGUGUAAGUGAUACCUGUCCUGUAAAACACAAUUUGGGCUUUGCCGAUCCUAAAUGUUCAGCUAAUUUAUGCUGUUCUAUGGAGGACUGUUCUUCAAAAGCCAUCUAUGCUGGUUUCAAACUGCAAUCAUCCUUGGAUUGGCAAUCUCACUUUAAGAAAUGGUGGGCAGGUGAAUUGAGUAAUUAUGAAUACCUUCUUGUCUUGAACAAGUUAGCUGGUAGAAGGUGGGGUGAUCCAGCUUUUCACACAGUGAUGCCUUGGGUAAUAGAUUUCACAGUGAUGCCUGAUGAAAGUUCUGAUAAUGGUUGGAGGGACCUGACCAAAAGUAAGUGGCGGUUGGCAAAGGGUGAUGAACAGUUGGAUUUUACAUAUUCAUCAUCUGAGGUUCCGCAUCAUGUUUCUGAUGAGUGUCUCUCAGAGCUAGCUGUCUGCAGUUACAAAGCAAGGAGGUUACCUAAGACCAUCUUGAGGUCAGCUGUGCGUUCCGUCUAUGAGCCCAAUGAAUACCCAUCUAGUAUGCAAAGGCUUUACCAAUGGACUCCUGAUGAAUGCAUUCCAGAAUUUUAUAGUGAUCCUCGGAUUUUCGUUUCUCUUCAUUCUGAAAUGAGUGAUUUGGCUUUGCCUUCCUGGGCGACAUCCGCAGAGGAUUUCAUUUGUCUGCACAGGGAUGCUUUAGAGGGUGAUCGAGUCUCGCAACAACUGCAUCAUUGGAUCGACAUAACUUUUGGCUAUAAACUUAGUGGGGAGGCAUCUGUUGAAGCCAAAAAUGUCAUGUUGCCUCCUAGUGAUCCAUCAAGGCCGAAAUCAAUCGGGCGACGUCAGCUUUUUACGAGGCCUCAUCCUAAGCGCCUUGUUAGCACACCUCACGCAGUCUACCACAACAAAAUGGAGUCUUGUUCUAGAUGCUGUGUGGGACGAAGGAAUGCAACAACUGAUGCAGUGUUAAAUAGCUGUGGUUCUCCAAAUAUGCUUUCAGAAAUUGACUGUUUGGAAGAAUUUGAGCAAUCAACUUUGUUUGCAGAGCUUGAACACCAUUUGAAUCCAAUAUAUGAUUAUGCUGACACUUCAACUUGUAGCUCUUCAGCAAAAUAUACUAAUAACCAAAUUGCAGAUCAGAUCUUGCAACCUGACAGUGUAUUGCCAGUGGCACCUGAUUUUGAUUUUAGUUCCUUUCUUGAAUGCUUUGAGUCUGAUGAUGGUCCCCCUAUGGGUUAUCAAGAACUGAUGCUCUGGAAUCAAGGGUCUUAUUCAGCUAAUGAGCGACAUGCAAAUGAUGUAUUUUCUAUUGGGUGCAUGCUGGCAGAAAUCUAUCUUCACAGACCACUUUUUGAUACUGCCUUGCUAGCUGCAUACAAAGAAAAUGGCAUAAUGCCAGGAGCACUUCAACAAUUGCCUUCUCAUGUCACACUUCUUGUUGAGUCAUGCAUCCAGAGGGAGUGGAAAAGGAGGCCAUCAGCAAAGCACCUUUUUGAGUCACCAUACUUUCCUCCAUCAGUUCGAUCUGCUUAUAUGUUUCUUGCUCCUCUUCAAGUUUUGUGUACAUCUAGGGAGCGCAUUAAGUAUGUUGCUAAGCUUGCUAGUGAAGGGGCACUUAAAGCUAUGGGAGAAUUUGCUGCUGAAAUGUGUGCACCUUACUGCCUAUCUCUUGUUUCAUCAUCUUUGUCAGAUGUUGACACUGAGUCGGCCUUGGCUCUGCUUAAAGAAUUUCUAAACUGCUUGAGUAUCCAAGCAACUAAGGAGCUCGUUCUGCACAUAAUACAGAAGAUCUUACAGGCAGCAGAAUAUUCGCACCUGAAGGUUGCCCUCCUUCAAGACUCUUUUGUUCGAGAGUUGUGGAAGAAAUUGGGAAAACAAACUUAUAUUGAGAAGGUACAUCCUCUGGUGAUCACAAACUUAUACAAUUCACCUAACAAGAUUACUGCCUCUGCUGCAUCCACUGUUCUGAUCGGCUCAAGUGACGAACUAGGAAUACCAAUAACUGUUCAUCAGACAGUUGUACCACUAAUUAACUGUUUCGGCAAAGGUUUAUGUGUCGAUGGAAUCGAUACUUUGGUCAGGAUUGGUGGACUUCUUGGAGAAAGUUUUACUGUCAAGCAAAUCCUUCCCUUGCUUAGGAAUGUUAUAUUCUCAUGUAUCGAUUCAUCAAAGAUGAGUAAGUCCGAGCCACAGCACAGUUGGAAUUCUUUUGCUCUGAUAGAUAGCUUAUCUGCCUUGGAAGGCCUUGUGUCAGUUCUUCCAGUCAAAGCUGUUCUUAAUGAGCUUCUUCAGGACCAAGUCUGUCUUCAUAUAAAGGUUCUUAUGCAGAUUCAUUUGGAUCUUCGUGUGAUUCAGGUGGCCACCACUGCACUUGUUGACCUUUGUCAACGAAUUGGACCAGAGAAUACUUCAACAUAUGUUUUGCCACAACUAAAGGAGCUUUUUGCUGAACUGGCCUUUUCUCAUGAGUCAGCUGGCCUUAGCCUUCCUAAAAAAGGAUUAAAAAUUUCUGAAGGAAACAAAAGCGAGCCAAUUAAACUGGAAUCUAGAAUUGAUCUUGUGUUGUUUCUGUAUCCUUUCUUGGCAUCACUUGUUGGGAUAGAGAAGCUUCGGGAGUAUUGCUCAACAUGGUUUCUAUUGGAGAAAGCUCUUCAAAGGUUGUAUAAUUGGAAGUGGGAGCCUUUCGGUGACUGUUCUAAGAAUGCUGAAAAUUUAAAAGGUCAAAGGUUUCGGCCUGGCAACUAUAUCUCAUCAGAGUUUGUUCCAACCAAGCUGCUUUUCAAUGGGGUAGGUCAGUCCGUGCCACAAUCUGAAAUAGCUCAAAGUGAUUGGAAUGGUGCAGCUUCUAAGCUAGGAUCUAAGUUUGAGCAUGAGGCAUCUAGUGACAAUUCCUUUACUUCAAGUUCUGGAAAUCAGCCAUGGUUUUGGUUCCCCAGCCCUGAUAGUAGUUGGGGGGCUCCAGAUUUUCUUGGACGUAGUGGUGGUGUGAGGGAUGAACUUCCCUGGAAGAUCAAAGCUUCAGUCCUUUACUCAGCCCGUGCUCACCCCGGGGCUCUGCAUUCAUUAGCAGUCCAUGAUGAUGAGUGCACAGUUUUUACUGGAGGAGUUGGCCCUGGUUUUAAAGGAAGUAUCCAGAGGUGGGAAUUGCCAAACAUGAACUGCACGUCUGGGUAUUAUGGGCAUGAAGAGGUUGUCAAUUCCAUCUGCAUCCUGUCGAUUACUGGAAGAGUGGCUUCUUGUGAUGGCACUAUUCAUAUAUGGAAUGGACAAACAGGAAAGCUCAUUGCAGCUCAUGCCGAGUCAUCUACAAACUUUCCACUACAAACUGCAUCUAUUGAGCAGGCAAACAUGCUUAGUCAGGAUGCACUCUCAGGUGGAAUAUUGUCAAAUGCAUUUCGUGGUAGUUUGUAUACCGCUAUGCAUUAUAUGGAAUCUGAAGGUAGACUUGUUGCUGGUAUGGGAAAUGGUUCGAUCAGAUUUAUUGACAUUUCUCGGGAUCAGAAGCUACAUUUAUGGAAGAGUGAUUCGGCUGAAAUAUCUUUCUCAUCACUUGUGUCAGCUAUUUGCUCAUGUGGCUCAGACAAGCUUAGAAAAGGAAGCUCAGUGGCUUCAUCAUCCUGGAUAGCAGCAGGUCUAAGUUCUGGAUACUGUCGAUUGCUUGAUGAGCGUAGUGGGAACAUCAUUGCAGUUUGGCGAGCACACGAUGGACACAUUACAAAGCUGGCAGCGCCGGAUGAUCACUUAAUUGUAUCAAGCUCACUUGACAGGACUCUUCGAGUGUGGGACCUCAGAGGGAAUCUUGCAACCCAGUCUACCAUUUUCAGAAGCCACUCAGAUGGCAUCUCCAACUUUUCUGUCUGGGGUCAGGAUGUGCUAUCAAUUUCAAGAAACAAAAUUGCACUUACUUCCCUGUCGAAGCCAGCAAGUGAGAUUGGACAUCAGCAGCUUGUACUUCAGAACUUGUAUUCGGCUGACAGAGGAAUGAAACACAAAAACCUUUCUGUUCUUUCGACUAUUGCUGUGCUUCCUUUGUCAAGAUUGUUCCUGGUUGGAACUGAAGAUGGAUUUCUCAAAAUCUGCCACUAGGUGCUUCUAGUACUGGUAAUCGUCUAUCCACUGUGCUGAGUUAAAUUUUUGGUGGUUUCUCUCUCCCUUGUGUCGAGUUGAAUUUUGUAGGGGUGCCUGCUCAUAUUUUGUUUUUCAUUUUGCCAGCAGCCACUGUAGAGUACUAGAGUAUAUUCAUAUUGUACAGGAUACACUAUGUGUAAAUUUUAUCUUUUGAGUAAAAGCUCAAAUUUUGUUUA